GAGCAGGGAAGGGAGCGGAAGGCGGGCGGGAGGCGGCGGCGGCGCCGCGCUCGCCCCGCUGCCCUGGAUGACGGGCGGCCGGUUCGACUUCGACGAUGGCGGCACCUACUGCGGCGGCUGGGAGGACGGGAAAGCCCACGGGCACGGCAUUUGCACCGGCCCCAAGGGGCAGGGCGAGUAUGCCGGCUCCUGGUCCCACGGCUUCGAGGUGGCGGGCGGCUACACCUGGCCCAGCGGCAACACAUACCUGGGCUACUGGGCGCAGGGCAAGCGCCACGGGCUGGGCGUGGAGACGAAGGGCAGGUGGAUGUACCGCGGCGAGUGGUCUCACGGUUUCAAGGGGCGCUACGGGGUGCGGCAGAGCCUCAGCACGCCGGCCCGCUACGAGGGCACCUGGAGCAACGGGCUGCAGGACGGAUACGGCGUGGAGACCUACGGGGACGGAGGUACCUACCAGGGGCAGUGGACAGGAGGGAUGAGACAUGGAUAUGGUGUACGUCAGAGUGUACCCUAUGGCAUGGCCACUGUGAUCCGUUCACCUCUCCGAACAUCUCUGGCGUCACUUCGAAGUGAGCAGAGCAAUGGCACUGUUCUGCAUGACGUCACUUCUGACAGUCCAGCUGGAACAAGAGGAGGAUUUGUGCUCAAUUUUCACAGUGAUCCAGAAGCCAUGGGCAUUAAGAAAAAAGGAGGCUUAUUCAGAAGAGGAUCCCUUCUUGGUAGUAUAAAACUUAGAAAAUCGGAGUCUAGGUCAUCGAUAUCUAGCAAACGGAGCUCUGUAAGGAGCGAUGCUGCUAUGAGCAGGAUUAGUUCUAGUGACGCCAACUCUACGAUUAGUUUUGGAGAUGGUGACUGUGAUUAUAGCCCUCUGGAAGACCAUGUUGAUGCUACCACUACAGAAGCCUAUAUGGGUGAAUGGAAGAACGACAAGCGCAGCGGUUUUGGUAUCAGUGAGCGUUCAAAUGGUAUGAAAUACGAAGGAGAGUGGCUGAAUAACAGGAGGCAUGGAUAUGGAUGUACCAUGUUUCCAGAUGGCACCAAAGAAGAGGGAAAGUACAAAAAUAACAUUUUGGUCCGUGGAAUAAGAAAGCAACUUAUACCAAUACGAAACACAAAAACUAGAGAAAAGGUGGAUAGAGCAAUAGAGGGUGCACAGCGAGCAGCUGCCAUGGCAAGAACCAAAGUGGAAAUUGCAACCUCAAGAACCGCACACGCAAGAGCUAAAGCUGAUGCUGCGGAUCAGGCUGCUCAGGCUGCUCGCCAGGAAUGUGAUAUUGCAAGAGCAGUUGCCAGAGAACUUUCACCAAAUUUCUACCAACCAGGCCCUGAUUAUAUCAAACAAAAAUUACAAGAAGGAAUGGAUGCAAAAGAAAAAUCUGAAGAAAAAGGUCAGGAGAAACCACCCACUCCAACAGAGUCACCUCACUUUUAUCGGAAAGGUACUACACCCCCUCGAACCCCAGAAGCAAGCCCAAGAAAUAGUCCUCCUCUUUCUUCUGAGACUUCUCCUUCAAAACAACUGAAAAGGCAAAGCUCUGCUUCUGGGGCAAGACUCAGUCAAGAAAAAAAGCUUUUAGCCACUGAGAAUAUAACACCCACAACAAACAAGCCUUUAUAUUCAAAAGCACCAGUGAAGGAGGAAGCAGCUGGGAAACACCAGCCGAAGUUCUCAGCCCAGCACAAUGCCAGCAGCACAGAGAAUGGGGAGCUGCAUGGUCACUACCAUGGCUAUUAUGUAAAAAUGAAUCCAACAGCACUUCCACAGGAGCUCAGGGAAGAAGAUGAAUAUGCCAACCCUUCACCAUCAACACUUGCACGGAUACCACCCUCUCAGAAGCCAAGUCCUGCUAGAUCUGGGGGUAAGCCAGAUGCCAAAGAAAACAAGCCUGACAUAAAAAUAAAGAAACCAGAAUUUGCUGCACCAAAGAACCCAGCUAAUAAUGAGUCACAUUCAGCAAUGGAGAAAGAAGUAGGAAACAGCUCGGGCCCUAACUCAGUCAUGAUCGCCCUGGUAAUGCUGUUGAAUAUUGGUUUAGCCAUUCUUUUUGUCCAUUUUCUAACUUGAUUGGAAUUAGGAAAGUGAAGUCAUGACAACUAGUGGUGUUAGCCCACAGUUCUCUGCAGUUGUGUCAUCAGCCUUUUAAAUGGCACCUGUCAUACUCAGACACAGGGAAGGAGGCUUGGAAUUAGGAUGGGACGCAAGAGAGAUGAAACUUGGAAAAUUCAGCCAGGGGCCCAGAUCAGCUUCUCUGCUGGUGGCUCGUGGCUUUGGGGGCCUCUGAAAGCUGAAGCAAGCAGCCAUGUUGGAAAACAAACAAAAUAAUCUGCUGAAGCAGCCCUGCCAGUGAAGCGCGUUGGCUUGUCCAUCUGUUCCAGCAGAGUGUGACUAAACUGGAAAUGUACGGAGCUGCACUUUUUGUUGAUGGAAGUUAACAGCUGCCUUACUAUUUUACCGUCUGAUGUUUUUAGUGGGGAGAUGGGAAAACGACUGCCAGAGGAAUGUGGUCAGAGGAUUCUGUUGCUGUGGAAGUGAUUCCAGCGUUCACUCCUAUCUCAUUAGAAGAAAUAGUUAGCAACAUCAGUCACCAGUCUUAUUCCAUUACCUGCUGCUUUUAACAUCUCCUGCAGUGUUCUGGGAGAUCGAAUUUCAUUUGCCUGUGCAUGAUUCUGUUCAUUUGUUGUUUAUGAAAUUUGAUGUAUAGCCAUAAGUAGUGUUUAGUCCAGCCUGGAGAAAGCUACCAGUUCUGCCUAGCAGCGGAAGGUGAAAAUCAAAUAUAUUUUCCUAGUCCAGGGAUAAAAUUCUUAAAUUCAUUUUCUUAAACCUGAAGAGUCAUUUUGCAUGAAGGUUCAGUAAAUAAUACACCAUUACUUCAAAACUUAAAGAUACUGCUGUGUUCCUUAAAAUGCUCAAAUAUUUAUGCCGAUACCAAGCAAAAUCUUUCAUAAUGAAAAAAAAAAAAAAAAAGAGAAUCUUACAUUGGUACAAGCAGAUUCUAAACAGGAAAUAGAAUAUCAAAGUAACCCAAGAAACGUGAGAUACAGGGUUUGCAUGUUGACUUUUUCUUUCUUUUUUUCCUAAUUCUGGUGCUUGGUAAUUAGUGAUUUGAAUUAUUAUGUUGCAACACUGAGGUAUUUUGACAGCAGUUAAAAUAAAGUCUUGUCUGGGUGCACAUUAAUGCCAAUGACAGUUAGCUAAUGCUCAUAAUAAAUCAUAACUUUAAAAUGCUAUAUUUGUGUUGAAUACAUUCAGGUAGAGCAUUUUAAAAUGUUGAGUGAUUGUUUAUCGAUUUGAUGCCUUCAGUGUCUUUAAAGUCCAUUUAUAAUUUUACCUCAGCAUUAAAAAAGCCUCAAAUUUUUCAUUUGGAAAGUUUGUCUUAAGUAGUUUCAUAGCCCUUUGUUCAAACAACGUGAUCACGUUUCUUUUUAUGUGCCAUUAUACUGUAAUUAUUGUACCCUAUAUUAAUGAAACGCAUGCUUAUUUAUUGAAGAUAUGUGGUGUGAUCAUUUGGCAAGCAAACAUUUUAAUUUAAAGCUGGAAAAAGCAAAGGGCUUGUAUUACAGUUUAUUUUAUCUCUAUUAGAGAAUCUUUCAUACAGUAUAGUUUUUGAACCUGUUUGUAAACUUUUUAAGUUUUUGCAUGGUUUAAUGGGCAACAUUCUUACAAAAUACAUUAGCUAUUUUUUGAUGCAGCGUAGUAAAGUACCGAUGGUAUGGACUGAAUAUUGUGCAGCAAAGCAGCUCCGAGCAGGGCAGUAACACCAUGGUGUUUUUUACAGAAGUAUGUUGAGAAUCCUGUGUUUUGGCCAGUGUGGAUAAAGAAGAAAGCAGAAAGAGAGCAAAUGAAAAUAAAACUUGUAUAUUUAUUUUUAAAGAAAAUAAAACAACAAAGUUUAAAUUGUGUUUUAAAUUUAGGAAAGUAAUUUUUAAAUAAGAACAAAAUUUUAAAAGUUACUGUGUAAGCCUUGAAUUAAUGGAUGAAAUGUUCCAUCCCACUGUUAAAUCACCCCCUGUCUCCUUAUGUGGAGAGGUAAUUUUGUAACUGACAUAUUUAAUUCCUAUUAAAUGUUUAUUUAAAAUACUUUAUGCUCUGGAAAUAAUGGGUAACAAAGCUUAUGAAAAAUGUUUAUAAAUGUAAGUAAGCAUGUUAGUACCAUUUAUAAAUAUGUAUGAUUUAUAAGCUUUUUUAAAACAAAGCUCAAACAAAUUGUUGGUAUUUUUCUAAAACGUGCACAGUUGUAUUUUACAUGAAAGGCUAUUUAUAAUUGGUUGUUAUACUGUACACUACAUUUUGGACAGCAUAAUGAAGCUUGCCAAUGUACUUAAAAAUGUCAUUUUGUCUAUUUAAAGUUUCUUGCUGUCAAAGAAUGAACUCUUUAUCUAUGAGUUUCUCUAUUUAUAAUUCUUGACCCAAAAUGUACAAUGCACAGUUUUCACAACUGUAUUUGCUCUAAUAAAAAUAAGUUGGUUAUUAAUAGAGUUUCAGACUACUUUUUCCUGUUUAGGAAUUACUUUGUUCACUCUUUGGAAGCAAUUUUUUCUAACUAAUCAAAUAAACAGGAGUGAAGCAGGAAAAUGGGUGAAAUUCUAGUCCCUUUGAUAUAAUUGUGAGUUACUGUUUCAGCAAAAGUGAUUCUGAGAAACAAUUAAAAAUAAAUUAAAUAAAAAAAGGUCAAGCUUC